CGGGGGCUCCUCUUCCCACUUUUUCGGCGGGGGCGUCUUCCCCUGCCCCCAAACCGAGCGGGAAAGCGAAACCUGAUGGCUACAGGGCUUCCAGGACCGCCUGGGAGACGCAGUUAACCCCCUCUCCGCUGGGGCGGCAGCGGAGCUUCCAGCUGGUCGCCCGUCCCCGCCUCACUCCGGCAGGUGCCAGGAAGGAGGAGGGGGCGCAGCUGCUGCCGGCUGGCAGCGGGGCGGACACUGGGCGGAGCGGGCUGGGCUGGGCUGGGCUGGGCGAGCGGCGGAGCUCCGGUCUCUGGAGCGGAGCCGCGGCGGGGACGAGGCGGCGCAACCAUGCGCAGCAGGAGCAACUCCGGGGUGCGGCUCGACGGCUACGCGCGCCUGGUGCAGCAGACCAUCCUCGGGCACCAGAAUCCCAUUACAGGGUUGCUUCCAGCCAGCUGCGACCACCCAGAUGCCUGGGUCCGAGAUAACGUCUACAGCAUCCUGGCUGUGUGGGGGCUGGGGCUGGCCUACCGGAAGAACGCGGACCGUGACGAGGACAAGGCCAAAGCAUAUGAGCUGGAGCAGAGUGUGGUGAAGCUGAUGCGGGGCCUCCUGCAGUGCAUGAUGAGGCAGGUGGACAAAGUGGAGGACUUCAAGUAUAGCCAGAGCACCAAGGACUGCUUGCAUGCCAAGUACAACACCCGCACCUGUGCCACCGUGGUGGGAGACGACCAGUGGGGCCACCUGCAGCUGGAUGCUACCUCUCUGUACCUGCUCAUGCUGGCCCAGAUGACGGCCUCUGGGCUUCACAUCAUCCACAGCCUGGAUGAAGUCAGCUUCAUCCAAAACCUUGUCUUCUACAUUGAAGCUGCGUACAAGACUGCAGACUUUGGGAUAUGGGAACGUGGCGACAAGACCAACCAAGGGAUUACGGAGCUGAAUGCCAGCUCGGUGGGCAUGGCAAAGGCAGCUCUGGAGGCCUUGGAUGAACUUGAUCUCUUUGGCGCUAAAGGGAGCCCCCAGUCGGUGAUUCAUGUCUUGCCGGAUGAGGUGCAGCACUGCCAGUCUAUUCUCCGCUCAAUGCUGCCAAGGGCUUCCACCUCCAAGGAGAUUGACGCCAGCCUCCUCUCAGUCAUCUCUUACCCAGCAUUUGCUGUGGAGGACAUGGAAGUUGUGGAGAAGACCAAGGCGGAGAUCCUUGCCAAGCUGCAGGGCCGCUACGGCUGCUGCCGGUUUCUCCGCGACGGCUACCGAACCCCCAAAGAAGACCCCAGCCGCCUCUACUAUGAGCCCGCGGAGCUGAAGCUCUUUGAGAACAUAGAGUGUGAGUGGCCGCUCUUCUGGACCUACCUGAUCCUUGACGGCCUCUUCAGCGGCAACACGGAGCAGGUUCAAGAGUACCGGGAAGCUCUCGAGGGGGUCCUGAUCAAGGGGAAGAACGGUGUGCGCCUGGUGCCAGAGCUCUACAGUGUCCCGCUGGAGAAGGUGGAGGAGGAAUGCAGCCACCCCCACACUGUGGACCGCCUACCCAUGGGCAAGCUGCCGUUGAUGUGGGGCCAGUCGCUCUACAUCCUGGGCUGCCUCAUGGCAGAGGGAUUCCUGGCUCCAGGAGAAAUUGACCCUCUGAACCGCAGGUUUUCAACUGUUCCCAAGCCUGUUGUGGUGGUGCAGGUGUGCAUCUUGGCAGAGACAGAGGCUAUACAGGCCAUCGUGCGUAAGGAGGGCAUCGUGGUGGAGACUAUGGCUGAAGUCUACCCCAUCCGAAUACAGCCAGCCAGGAUUCUCAGCUACAUCUAUGCCCGCCUGGGCUGCAACAAGCUCAUGAACCUCAGUGGGCGCCCUUUCCGGCACAUGGGCGUCCUUGGGACUUCCAAGUUCUACGACAUCAGGAACAACAUCUUUGCUUUCACUCCCCAGUUCAUUGACCAACAGCAGUUCUACCUGGCUCUUGACAACCAGAUGAUUGUGGAGAUGCUGCGGACAGACCUCUCCUACCUGUGCAGCCGCUGGGGCAUGACGGGGCGCCCGACCAUCACUUUCCCCAUCUUGCAGACCAUGCUUGAUGAAACGGGGGCCAACCUCCACCCAGCUAUCUUGGCCACACUGCGGAAGUUGCAGGAUGGGUAUUUUGGAGGGGCAAGGAUCCAGACUGGUAGGUUGUCUGAGUUUCUCACCACUUCGUGCCGCACCCAUCUCAGCUUCAUGGAUGCAGGGCCCGAGGGUAAGCUUUAUGCCAAUGACUAUGGGCUCAGCCUUGAGAGCUUCCGAGAUUUAGACCCCGAAGACUGGAUGCAUGGCUUUCAGUUGACAGAAGAUGUCGACCUCUGCGAUGACAUUGCCCAGUACUUAGACCAACUUCUGCACCACUCCACCCCCAAAGUCAGUCUCCCACCCCCAGCUCAGAAGGGGGGGCUGUAUCGUUUCCGUGCGGCGGUCCAUAGCACCCAGGAUCUUCUGUCCCUGAUGUCAAAGGCAAAGGACCUGCAUGUGGAGAACAUCAACCUGUACAUACCCUCCAAGCUUCUCCUGGAGGAUCAGCCAUCUGCUCACUUGCUGGGCUCAGCCUCAAAUCCAGAGACCCAGCUGCCCAUCAUCCCUGGCAAGGUGAGUCUCCCCAAGGACGCAAGCGGGAAGGUGGACUGCCGGGCCUUGGUGGACCAGCUCCGCGAGUGCCAGACACUGCAGGACCAAGCCAGCUGCCUCCAUGUCCUCCACACCCUCAAGGGGCCAGACUGGGACACCGAGAUCCACGGCAACAGUGGGGCCACUGUCAAGGGCCUCCUUGUGGAGCUCUAUGGCAAAGUUGGGGCAACUCGCCAAUGGGCCCUGAUCCGCUACAUCUCUGGGAUCCUGAAGAAGAAGGUGGAUGCCCUGGAUGAGGCCUGCACGGACCUCUUGUCACACCAGAAGCACCUGACCGUGGGGCUGCCCCCAGAGCCACGAGAGAAGACCAUCUCUGCUCCCCUGCCGUAUGAGGAGCUCACCCACCUGAUAGACGAGGCCAGCGAGAAGAACAUGAACAUCUUCAUCCUGACGCAGGAAAUCAUGGUUUACCUUGCCAUGUACAUCCGGACACAGCCCGCCCUGUUUGCUGAGAUGUUCCGCCUGCGCAUUGGGCUCAUCAUUCGGGUGAUGACAAUGGAGCUGGCCCAGUCGCUCUGCUGCUCUGAUGAAGAAGCUGCCGAAAGCCUGAUGAACCUCAGCCCUUCCCACAUGAAGAACCUCCUCCACCACAUUCUCAGCGGCAAGGAAUUUGGCGUGGAGAGAAGCGUGCGGGCCACGGAUUCCACCCUGACCCCAGCAGUUUCCAUCCAUGAGAUUGGGGCCGUGGGAGCAACGAAGUCAGAGCGCGCUGGCAUCAUCAGGCUCAAAAGUGAGAUCAAGCAGCAACUGGAUAGGUGGUCUUUGUCUGAAAUUAAGGCUGGGGCCUCGCGUUCCUUGGAAGCUGGAGCGGACCUUCCCCAGCUGUCUGGGUCCUCCCCGGCUCCAGGCAGAGGCACUCCGGCUUGGGCCCCGGAGGAUUCCUUCUCCAAGGAUGGGCGCCAGGGGCAGUGGCUGCGGCGGCGGCGACUGGAUGGGGCCCUCAACAGAGUCCCAGUGGGGUUCUACCAGAAGGUCUGGAGGAUCCUGCAGAAGUGCCAUGGGCUCUCCAUUGAAGGCUUUGUCCUCCCCUCUUCCACAACCAGAGAGAUGACUCCUGGAGAAAUCAAGUUUGCAGUCCAUGUUGAGUCCAUACUAAACAGAGUCCCUCAGCCAGAAUACCGGCAGCUCUUCGUAGAAGCUAUCCUGGUCCUGACACUGCUGACGGAUGCCGAUGGUCCCAGCAUCGGGGGCCUUGUGGCUGUGGAUAGGAUCGUGCAUGUUGCAAAUGAUCUGUUCUACCAAGAGCAGAAAGUCCUGGGGGCUGACGAUGACAUGCUGGAGAAGGACCCAGCCACUGGCAUUUGCAAGUUGCUCUACGACAGCGCUCCAAGCGGCCGAUUUGGCAGCAUGACCUACCUCUCCCGAGCUGUGGUCACCUGCGUGCAGGAGUUCCUCCCUAGCAGUGGCUGCUCCAUGCAGUAAAGCCAUCUGGAUUCCUCAGCACCAGUUUGCAGAGCCACCGUGGAUAGACCCUCUCCCCAGGGAGAGCCCAUCGGGGGUGGGAUUUCCUGCUGGAAGCCAGCAGGGCGGCAGCUGCUCUCAAGGACUGCAGAGUGAGGCUUGAGGUCGGAGGUGUCUGGCUGAGCCCUUUCCCAUCCAGAGGGGUCUCUCUCUCUCUCUCUCUCUCCUGCGAAUGGAAGCUGUGACUCACUGCGUGGUUCCAGAUGUUGCUUUACUGCAGUUGCAGAGAGGCUGAAGGGCUGGAGGACUUUGCUUUCCUCAGGAACCAGAAGCCCCACCCAGUUCUUAGGGAGGGAGCCCUCCUUUUGAGGGGCAUCUCUUAGCUGGGGUCCCCAUAAGGGUAACUCCUGAUGGUUUGCCAUUUUGAAGGAAGGGAUGGACCCUGUAAACUGCUGCUGCUUUUGCAGGGCAAUGCUCCUUCCUGGGGAGCAGCUCUGUUCUAGGAGGAAUGAU